UCUUGUUAUUGCAGCUUUUAUAUUGAAAUCAAAUCAUGUUUGCUAUUUCAUGGACAAACAAUUACCAGCAACGAUCAACCUGCAAGGAAGAAAAAAUAGGCGCCAAAAAAUGCUUUUAACUUCUUUCUUGACGAAUAAUAUGAAAACAGAAAGAGAAAUGCGUUACAAAUACCCUAAAACGAAGUUGCCAAUUUGAUUGGGGAUAAAUGGAAAAAUAUGUCUAAAGAAGAGAAAUCUGUUUAUGAAAUGAGAGCAAAACAACUUAAAAUUAACAAAGGGGCUUCCCCAAGUGAUGUCAUCAUACGCUCUGAUAGGCUGGAUUGUACAAAUCAACCAAUUAGUAAUCGAGUCGACAUGCAUUCUUUUAUUGAAUCUCAAAGAUCGAAACAUCGUGAAUAUUUGUUGCAGCGUUGGAAUGAAGUGGAUGUAUUAAAGGAACAUUUCUUCAUCAUUUCUUUUCAAUCACUGUACGAGUUACCAGAUGAAGAGGGUUACCUUCCAUGUGAAGUUACAUGUGUGGAUUACACUUUGCAUGGAGGUAUUGAAGGUAUAUGGCAUAACAUUAUAGAUCCUGGAGGCUUUAAAGCAGUGCUGAUGUCAGAGGUAAAGUUCUUCAGGGAAGGGACUCAUCAGAUCGGGAGGGAUUGUGAAUAUGCAAGGUCUAAUUACUAUGAACUUUGGAAAGAACUGGUGGCGUUUAUUCGACAAAGAAGUCAAUGUGGUCGGACACUUCCGCCAAUAUAUUGUAGGAUGUCGGAAGUAAGAAAGAAUCAAUUUUGUUUGAAUUGGCUUUCACAGAAUGCCCAGAUGGCAAACCAGCUGAGCAAACUUCAUGAACUGGAACAUCUUGCAAGGGAGUUGAUUUGCAAUGCUGUCAAUACUAAGUUUGCUCUCACAUCAAUUGAGGAUGGUUUCAAGUCAUCAAUGUGGGAAUAUGAGCCAGGAAUUAAGUGCAGAUAUCAUGAAGAUGUUGAUUGCUAUUUCUGCACAAUGCUCACAAUUAAGAAAUGCUGCUUUUGGAUGAGUGAAGUACUGGCUCCAUAUUAUGGCUUUGAACUCACAAGAAACCAUCUGCCGGAAGAAAGUAACGAACCACUUGUAAGCGGGAACUUCAAGUUUGAUAUGAACCCUAAAGUGGGUCGUCCACACACAUAUGACCAACCAGAUGUUUCAAACCAUGCAAUGAGUUCAACCAACAAUUCAACUUUUGCUUCGAGAGACAUAAGAUACAACGGUUCAUAUAACUUUAGACAAAGCAACCAUGUUCAACAAACCACCUUUUACAAUGAUUAUCACCCUGACUUGUCUUUAUGCGAUGAAACAGCUUCACUUGUAGUUACUGAUGACAACUUUCCUUCACUGGGAUCUGAGACAGAAGCAAAACAAUCAGUUGAUAAACAGAAGAAUUCUCAAUCAUGGAAAAGCAAUUCAAGCAACACUAAAACAUACAACACUCCAGCUUUUGGUAAAGAUGAUCCACUUCAUGUUGAUGAAGACCACUUCCCGGCUCUUGGCAAUCCUCCAGCAUUUAGUCGAAGACCUCACUUGAACAACAGAAACUAAUUUUCCUCCUUUAAACUGCAGGAGUCUCUAUAUCAAUUCAUAGGCAUUAGUUAAAGCGGCAAAUUGAAGCCAUCAAUUAAAAUCUGCAAAUGAUGGCCCACAAUUUAAAGCCACUUUUUGAGGGCCAGCAUUAUCUUAGCCACUUAAUCUGACCUAAAAUAUAACCCCGAACUGGAAAUCUUUGGAGCAGAACUUAACCACAACAGCCAUCCAAUCCAAGACAUUAUCUGUCUUUUUAUGCCAGAUUUGAAAUGCAACUUUUUAUAGUAAAGAUACAGCAGGACACACUACAUCCAGAAAAGUCCUUGUUUAUUUUAUCUUGAAUUAAUUACCCGCUUUUAUAGUUUGACUGUUUUAGACCAUUUUUUGCUGUAUUUUUUUGAUAAUAACAUUUCUUCUUUCAAAUAUGAUUUCAUAUUCACUUUUGCCACAAAAACUGCCUUGAUGUGUUAUGUUAGAUAUUUCACAUUUGUAAAUAAAUUCACAUUUUCUUUCAUAA